AUGGCUAGAGGGUAUCGCGCGGCGCGCUUGAGCAGCGAGAGUGUCGCUGGCUAUCUGAGCACAACUAGCAAGUUCCCCUCUAGUUUCCUGCUGUCGAGCGCACCUCCGCAUGCGACGGAGCACCAAUGUUUUGAGUGCCAACACCACUGCCAAGCCUCUGAAUUUUGUCUUCCAAGGCUGAAGGACUUAAAUCUUUGCACCCCACAACAUCAGAAGGAGCAGAACGUGAAGCAGGUGCAGGAACUGCAGGUGGCUUGUGCUGAGCUCUCCUCAUUGCCUUCUGGCCGGGCUGCUUAUCAGAAGCGUGGCGCUAUCUUUUUCCUCACCGACAGCAGUACGCUUAAGGAGAAGAAGCAAGGUAGGAAGAAUUAG